AUGCAAGCAUUAUUAAGUGUUUAUAAUAAAAGUGGUAUUGUUGAAUUUUCAAAGAUUCUUUCAAGUAAAGGAUUUAAUUUAAUUUCAACAGGUGGUACAGCAAAAUCAUUGGUUGAUAAUGGAUUAAAAGUUCAACAAGUUUCAGAUGUUACAGAGUAUCCAGAGAUGUUAGAUGGUAGAGUGAAAACUUUACAUCCAAAGAUUCAUGGUGGUUUAUUAGCACGUCCAGAGUUGGCACAUCAUCAAGCCGAUUUAAAUAAAUAUAACAUUAAACCAAUUUCAAUCGUAGUUGUAAAUUUAUAUCCAUUCGUAGAGACAGUAUCAAAAGAAUCAACAACAUUAGAGGAAGCAAUUGAAAAUAUUGAUAUUGGCGGACACACAUUAAUUAGAGCAUCAUCAAAGAAUUUUCAAAAUGUUUUAAUCAUUGUCGAUCCAUCAGAUUAUAAAUGGAUUGGUGAGCGUAUACAAUCAUCAACUGAUUCCACCAAUGUUUUAAGCUCAAUCACAUUGGAAGAGAGAAAGAAAUUGGCAUUAAAAGCAUUCCAACAUGGAUGUUCAUAUGAUGCAGCCGUUUCACAAUAUCUUUCAAAGGUUGAAUUAACAAAUGCAACUACCAUUCAAGGUGUUAAAGGCACAGAUUCAGCAUCUGUCAAUGUAGAAUUCCCACAAACAUUUUUACCAUUAUAUGAAAAGAAGAAUGAUUUACGUUAUGGUGAGAAUCCACAUCAAAAAGCAGCACUUUAUCAAUGUCCAGGUACAGGUGGUAUUGCAAAUGCACAAUUAUUACAUGGUCCAGCUUUAUCUUAUAAUAAUAUUUUAGAUGGUGAUGCUGCAUUGAAAGCAGUCAGAGAGUUUGAUAGAUGUGCAUGUGUUGUCAUUAAACAUACCAAUCCAUGCGGUCUUUCAGUGGGUGUUAAUGAUAGUGAACAAGCUGAGGUCUAUAAACGUGCCUUCAAUGGUGACCCAAAAUCUGCCUAUGGUGGUAUCUUGGGUUUCAAUAGAACUUUAACAUUAGAGACUGCAACUGCAUUGAAAAGUGUUUUCUAUGAAGUUAUCAUCGCACCAGAUUACACCGAAGAUGCAUUAGCAUUGUUAAGUAAAAAAGAGAAAUUACGUAUUCUUCGUAUACCAGAGGCCGCCAAUCAAAUUCAAUUCACUCAACCUGAUAUUCGUACCAUCACUGGUGGUGCUUUACUUCAAUCUCCAAAUCCAAUCAUCAGAGGUGACCUUGCUGAAGCUACAAAGAAUUGGAAGGUCGUCACUGAAAAUAAACCAACUGAACAACAAAUGAAAGAUCUCUUAUUCGCUUGGAGAGUUUCAAAACAUGUUAAAUCAAAUGCUAUCGUUUUAUCAAAGGAUGAAACUAUCGUUGCCAUUGGUGCUGGUCAACCAAAUCGUUCACAAUCUGUUGACAUUUGUAUGAAAGUUGGUGGUGAUAAAGUUAAAGGAAGUGUUUUGGCUUCUGAUGCUUUCUUCCCAUUCGCCGAUUCAAUCGAUUUAGCUCAUCAAGGUAAUAUCGCUUGUAUCGUUCAACCAGGUGGUAGUAUUCGUGAUCAAGAAGUAAUUGAUGCUGCAAAUAAAUAUGGUAUUCCAAUGGUUUUUACUGGCAAUAGAAAUUUCUUACACUAA